AUGGCUCUUACAUUACCGCUUCAUGUAGUAGCUAGUGUACAACGUUGUUUUACAAAUCAAGCUGGUACUUCAACAUUUUCGGAUCAAAUUAUUGAACAUAUCAUUAACAGGUCAUCAUUAUUUGAUAUUAUCAAAUGGCAGCAAAUAUCAAAAAGUUUUCAAAAAGCAGCUCAAAAACGACUUGAUAUGUAUACGAUGAUUGAUAUUAAAGUAUACAAUGGUUUACAACAAUUACGAUAUAAAGCUGGCACAGAAUCAGAAUACGAUUGGCAUCCAUCAUUAGCAUUAAUGAUCAUGGAAUUGGAACCCAAUCAUCUUGGUAUAGCAAUUGAUUCUGAAUUAAAAGCAAACAAUGUUACCGUAUUACUUCAUUUACUAUUUACUUUGAGACAUAAAGUGGAGCAAUUAUUCAUUGAUAGUCCAAUUAUUGAGCUACUUGUCGCACAGAUCAAUAAAGAACAAAUAAAUAUGCUAAUUGAAAUGAUUAGCCUUUCACGAAAAAUAAACUGUUGUUGUUGUGAUGCAACACGUAAUCGUCAAUUAAAAUUAACACCACUUCAUCGGAUAUAUUCCUUGGAUGCUCCUUUCUUUCCAAAUUUGAAGAAAUUAUCAAUUAUAUCAAAGGCAAAUCAAUUGCAACAUCUCUCAAGAUUGCUUAGUUAUGCGGUAUCGGUAGAUUUGCUAUAUCAUGUGGAACAGAUGGAUUUGUUAUGUUUAAAGAUUUUAGUUGGUAAUGUUUGGGCUCGACCUACCAAAUAUCGUCUAUUCAGGCAUUUAACACGAUUUAGACAAUGGACAGAAGCAGAUAUGCUUGGUGAACGUUAUUUUCAGCAAUUUGGUACAACACGUAAACGCUCCAGAAGUUUAUCGUGCUGCUUAAAAUAG